UUGUUUUCUUACAAGAAGAAGCGGCCAUGGAAGUCAAUGGAGCAAGCCAGUAUAGCUCUAUUAUAGUUCCAUCGGUUCAAGAGAUGGUGAAGGAGAAGCUGAUCACGAUGGUUCCUCCGAGGUAUGUACGGUCUGAUCUAGACAAAGCUGACAUCGACGUUGACUUAAUAAGCGAGAUACCUGUCAUCGACAUGAAUCGUUUGUGUUCUUCAACCACCAUGGAUUCUGAGAUUAACAAACUCGACUUUGCUUGCAAAGAAUGGGGAUUUUUCCAGGCAAUCAAACUUCACUAUUUCCUUGUGAACCACGGAAUGGACUCAGGCUUUUUGGAUAAAAUCAAGUCAGAGAUUCAAGAUUUGUUCAACCUUCUCAUGGAAGAGAAGAAGAAGCUUUGGCAACAACCUGGUGAGAUCGAAGGUUUUGGACAGGCUUUUGUGGUUUCAGAAGAGCAAAAACUCGAUUGGGCAGAUACCUUCAUACUUGCAAUGCAUCCAGUUCGAGUACGCAAGCCUCACUUGUUCUCCAAGCUACCUCUUCCCUUUAGAGAUACACUAGAUACGUAUUCGGCUGAAGUGAAAAGCAUAGCUAAGAUCUUAUUAGCGAAAAUGGCGAUAGCACUAAAGAUCAAGCCCGAGGAAAUGGAGAACUUGUUUGGUGAAGAGAUAGGGCAGAGAAUGAGGAUGAAUUACUACCCGCCUUGUCCAGAGCCCGAUCAGGCUAUUGGUUUGACUCCACAUUCGGAUUCUACAGGACUCACCAUACUGUUGCAGGUUAAUGAAGUGGAAGGUCUCCAAAUCAAGAAAAACGGCAAGUGGGUCUCUGUCAAACCUCUCCCAAAUGCAUUCAUUGUCAACAUUGGAGACAUCUUAGAGAUCAUAACGAAUGGGACAUACCGAAGUAUAGAGCAUCGUGGUGUUGUGAACUCAGAGAAAGAGAGGCUCUCUGUGGCAACCUUUCACAAUCCCGGAAUGGGUAAAGAAAUUAGUCCACUGAGAAAUCUCGUUGAGAAGAAAAAGGCGGCACUUUUCAGAAGCGUGACGACGGAAGAGUAUUUUAAGGGCUUACUAUGUUCCCAAAAUUUCCUCGUUAUAAAACAAGCCGCCAUGGAAGCCAAGAGAGCAAGCCAAUAUAGCUCUAUAAUCGUUCCUUCUGUUCAAGAGAUGGUGAAGGAGAAGAUGAGCACGACAAUUCCUCUGAGGUAUGUACGGUCUGAUCUAGACAAAGCUGAGAUCGACGGUGAUUUAAGCACCGAGAUCCCAAUCAUUGACUUGAACCGUUUGUGUUCUUCAACCACUAUGGAUUUUGAGAUAGACAAGCUCGACUUGGCAUGCAAAGAAUGGGGAUUUUUCCAGGCAAUAAACCCCCUUGUGAACCAUGGAAUGGACUCAGGAGGCUUCUUGGACAAAAUCAAAUCGGAGAUUCAAGAUUUGUUCAACCUUCCUGUGGAAGAGAGGAAGAAACUGUGGCAACAACCUGGUGAGAUCGAAGGUUUUGGACAGGCUUUUGUGGUUUCACAAGAGCAGAAACUCGAUUGGGCAGACACGUUCAUGCUUUCAAUGCAACCAGUUCGAGUACGCAAGCCUGACUUGUUCUCCAAGUUACCUCUUCCCAUUAGAGACACACUAGACACGUAUUCCACUGAAGUGAAACGCGUAGCUAAGAUCUUAUUUGCGAAAAUGGCGACGGCCUUGAAGAUCAAGCCCGAGGAAAUGGAAAACUUGUUUGAUGAGGAGAUAGAUCAGAGAAUAAGGAUAAAUUACUACCCGCCUUGUCCAGAGCCCGAUAAGGCUAUCGGUGUAACUCCGCAUUCCGAUGCUUCAGGACUCACCAUACUGCUGCAGGUUAAUGAAGUGGAAGGUCUCCAAAUCAAGAAAAACGGCAAGUGGGUCUCUGUCAAGCCUCUCCCAAAUGCAUUCGUUGUCAAUAUUGGAGACAUCUUAGAGAUCAUAACGAAUGGGACAUACCGAAGUAUAGAGCAUCGUGGUGUUGUGAACUCAGAGAAAGAGAGGCUCUCUGUGGCAACCUUUCAUAAUCCUGGAACGGGCAAAGAAGUUGGUCCACUGAGAAGUCUCAUUGAAAGGGAAAAGGCGGCAAUUUUCAAAAGCGUGACCACCGAAGAGUACAACAAUGGCUUCUUCUCCCGUGAGCUCAAUGGAAAAACUUACCUCGAAAAUAUGAGAAUC